GUAACAAGAGAGUAAUUACAUUGGCACAGUAUGAUUUAUUAUAUCCUAGAGGCUCUACAGGAGUAUUAUCAUACAUGUUUGAUGUAUCAUUAAUGGCAUGUUUACUCAGACAUUUCACAGAUCUAGACAUCCAAGAAAGUCUUCCAGUGAAAAUAAACCAUUCUGUUGCUGCAGAUAUUUCCAGGAUAAAAUUUUACAGAAACUCCAUUGUUCAUUCUGACAGCGGUAAAGUCGACGAAGACAAGUUCUUGGAGAUUUGGAACUGUGUGACUGAGGCAAUACUCAGGCUAGCACCAGAAAUGAAGCAAGAGAUUGAUGCGUUGAUAAGUUCAUCGUUAACUAAUGUCACUGAUAUCAUAGAUUGUAUACGGCUUGAGAAACAGUUAAAAAAAACAAAUCAGCAUAUGGUAACAAUCAACAAGAAAUUAGAGACGCUAGAAAUAGAAAAAAAUAAUAUAACAGAAAUACAACAACGAACUUUGAAAGAAUGGAGAAAUAAUGGCAAAAAAUACAUUCCUACCUCAGCAACAAUGUUUAUACUAGAAUCAUUAAACAAAACGACGGGUGUUAUUAUUACUGGAUCUCCAGGCUGUGGAAAAUCUGCAGUCGCUCAUCAUGUAGCAUUGGAAUUAGAAAAGGAGAAAUACGAUAUAAUUCCUUGUGAUGAUCCUUCAGGAAUCAUUAAGCAUUUUACAAAAGAUAAAUUCCAAGUUUUUGUAAUUGAUGACGUUUGUGGUAAAUUCUCUCUUAAUCAACAAAAAGCAGAAUCAUGGGAGCAAAAAGAUUGCAAAUUAAGUAUGCUAAUUGAGUCUUGUAAUCUGAAUGACGACGAUGACGAAAAUGAUAGCAAAUCAGUGCAUAAGUUUAUCAUUACGUGCAGGGAAAAUAUAUAUGUUCACGAGACAUUCCCAAAACUUACUUGUUUUUCACUUGUACAAUGCAGCUUUAGUACCGAAUACAAAAUUACUCCAGAAGAAAGGAGGACUAUUGCAAUGUCGUAUGUACCUGAGAAUAUAGUGAACGACAUAGAAAAUAUUUGUCUGUACGAUUUUUUCCCUCUUUUAUGUUCUCUGUACUGUACAAACCUUAAUCAAGAUCAUAGAUUCUUUACCCAUCCUGUUGAAAUAAUUGGAAAUGAAAUCAUAAAAAUGAAAAAACAAUCUACAUCAUCUUUUCUCUGUAUUUCUCUCCUUGUUCUUAGAAAUAAUAAAUUUUGUAUAGACGAAUUAAGAUCCGAGGAUGUGCAACAGCUAGUUAAUGCUAUAUGCUGGGAAUGUAAAAUCGAACCUGUAUCCAUUGUAACGAUAUUUAACAGUUUUGAGUGUCUUAAAGGUGUCUAUAUUACAGAAUCGGAUGACUUCUACACAGCAAUCCACGACAAAAUGUUUGACAUCAUAUCAGCAGCUAUUGCACCAUUUAUAAUAAAAUGUUUAAUAGACCACGUUGAUAUUGCAUUCCUGGCAAAUCGUGCGUACAUUUCAUCAUUUACUCAAAAUAGUGUUCCUUUUGUUAUUCAAAUACCACAAGAGUUCGAAAGCCAAUUUCUACAACGACAAAUAAAAGAUGCAAUGAAGGGCAAAUACUGGGAAGUAUUUGGAAGCAUUCAAACAGAAAAUGAGGCAUAUAGAAAACUACUUCUAUCGUUUCUGAAAGAACAAGACACAUGUCAGCAAAUUUCGUUUGAUUUCGAUGAAGAUGGGAAUACGCUUUUGUAUGUAUCACCUCAUUUGGGAUACAUUGAUUUUGUAGAACAUUUUGUAGUAAAUUAUCCGUAUCACAUAAAGGUUAAAGACAAUGAGGGUAGGUCUCCCUUUUAUGUCGCAUGUGAAAAGGGUCAAAUUGCAGUCGUUAGAUAUUUAAUGAAAUAUAAUGAGAACAUUGAUACAAAAAAUAUGGAUAACACAACAGCAUUAUCGGCAACCUGCCUUAAUGGUCACACUGAGGUUGCUCAACUUUUAUUAGACAACAAAGCAGAUAUCAACAGUAGAGAUACUUAUGGACAAACUGCUUUACAUUCAGCCUGCCAAAAUGGACACGCAGAAACUGUGAAAAUAUUGAUGGAAUUUGGCAUGAAUGUCAAUCAGAAAGAUAAAAAUGGUAGAACACCACUGUAUGUUGCCUGUAAACAUGGUUGUUAUGAUACAGUGAAAUACCUACUUGAUUUAAACGACCAAGCAUUAAUAAGUCGUGUAGAUACAACAAUAAAAAACGACAAAGGAUUUUCAGUUUUACAUAUAGCAUGUUUCGAAGGACAUUUAGAGGUAGUAAAGUUAUUGAUUGACGUUGGUAUGAAUCUUAAUGAUACAACAAAUGCAGGUUCUACACCACUUCACAUGGCUUGUCAGAAUGGUCAUUAUGAAACAGUGAAAUUCUUACUUGACUUAAAUCGCCAAGUAUUAAAUAGUCGUGUCGAUACUACCAUUAAACAGAAAGAUGGAUGGUCAGUUUUACAUAUAGCAUGUUUCAAAGGACAUUUAGAGGUAGUAAAGUUAUUGAUUGACGUUGGUAUGAAUCUUAAUGAUACAACAAAUGCAGGUUCUACACCACUUCACAUGGCUUGUAAGAAUGGUCAUUAUGAAACAGUGAAAUUCUUACUUGACUUAAAUCGCCAAGUAUUAAAUAGUCGUGUCGAUACUACCAUUAAACAGAAAGAUGGAUGGUCAGUUUUACAUAGAGCAUGUUUCAAAGGACAUUUAGAGGUAGUAAAGUUAUUGAUUGACGUUGGUAUGAAUCUUAAUGACAUAUUAACAAUCGAUUUUACACCACUACACAUGGCUUGUCAGAAUGGUCAUUAUGAAACAGUGAAAUACUUACUUGAUUUAAACGGCCAAACAUUAAAUAGUCGUGUUGAUACUUCCAUAAAAGAGGAAGAUGGAUGGUCAGUUUUACAUAUAGCAUGUUUAAAUGGACAUUUAGAGAUAGUAAAGUUAUUGAUUGACGUUGGUAUGAAUCUGAAUGAUACAACAAAAAUCAAUUCUACACCACUACACAUGGCUUGUCAGGAUGGUCAUUAUGAAACAGUGAAAUACUUACUUGACUUAAACUGCCAAGUAUUAAAUAGUCGUGUCGAUACUACCAUUAAAGAGACAGAUGGAUGGUCAGUUUUACAUAUAGCAUGUUUCCAAGGACAUUUAGAGGUAGUAAAGUUAUUGAUUGACGUUGAUGACGGUAUGAAUAUAAAUGAAAGAGACCAUUCUGGAACAACAGCUGUUCACUUAGCUUGUAUAAAUGGACAUUGUGGUAUUGUAAAGAUAUUAAAGGAUAAUGGUGCAGAAUUACAAAUAUUUGAUAAUGACAGACUUACGCCAUUUAUGUGUGCUAAAUACAGAGGGAAUGGUUCUUUGAACAUUGCCGUUAACAAAAACGCAACACAAGUUUCAACACGGAAUAAUAACGUUUUAAUAUUUGGACCAUGGAAUGCUAAUAAUGGAAAGAGAAAUCAAGUGGCAACUAAAGGUGAAUGUUUGCACACUUUUGUUACAGAUCCUGUUAAAUGGUGGACAGUAGAUUUUGGAAAUAUGUAUACCAUUGAAAGCGUUCACAUCUAUGCAAGAACAGAUUGCUGUCCUGAACAACACAGUGACUUUGAAAUACGAAUACAUAAUACUUCUGAUUGGAGUAGUCAGUAUAGUGUUUGCUAUAAGCAAAUUGGACAGGCACCCACUGAAUUGUAUGUUAACUGUACAGACCACAUAUCAGGGAAAUAUUUGACAGUAUAUAAGAAAGAUGAUUAUCACCAUUAUCCUUUGGCAUUAUGUGAAGUGGAGGUCUACGGAAUAGAAGUCAUUAGAAAUACAGCUAAUAUAUAUGAAUCAAAUUCAACUUCUCGUGGAUCCACACAUAGCGAUCACAAAAUAAAAGAAAAUAAUCUAAGUACCGGCUUUGAUUUUCAUGACCAAACAACAGAUUAUACUUAGUGGAUAUUUAAGGAACUGUUUCCCUCAAAACAAUGGAAUCCAUCGAGGACACCAUUCUAUCUUUUCAUACAGCCAUCGACCUCAUUGAUGGAAUGUUCAAUAAUAUGUACAGGUGACCCUAAAUAUAGAGCGGUUUUAUUUACGAAAACGCAUGUUUUGGAUUAUCCCCAUUAACGCCAAACUCAAAACUGAUUUCA